AAUAUGUUCCCGUAACUGAUAUUUACACAAAACUUAUCCGAUAACAUAUUUUGAUAAUAAUCCGUGUUAAGGUGUCAGUGAUUAAUCAAUAUGACGGCCUCUGUCAGAGGCAGUUUGUGUGUGUUUUUUGUGUGUUUGUGCAAAAUUAUCUGUACUUUAGAUGCGAACAGUGAUGGCAUAUUAAAAUUUUCCGAACCUUAUUACAAAGCCUUACUUUACGAAAACCACAUUAUCAGUAUGGAUGGAGCAAUUAAAAUUAUUCAUUCUCACGAGUCUCUUAAGAUUUCUAUUGCAUCAGAAAACACGAACAUGUUUAAAAUAUUUACCUUUGCAAACUAUGUGUUUCUGGAGCCGAAUACUACCAUCGUGAACGAGGGCACCAUCUUAAACGAAAAAGUACUGUUGGAAGCGAGGAAUAAAGAUGACAUUGUCGUAGCAACCACAACGAUUCAGAUUAUUGACGAUGCCAGUUAUGAUAUUUAUUCAACGGAUAUUUUCUACAUGGGCGUAAUAUGUAUUUUACUAAUAGGGAUUCUCAUUUUAGAGUACUACGAUGAGAAAAAGGGGUCUGUUACGUAUGAGAUUAAAGUUUAAAAUUUUACAUGAACAAACUGAAAUUGUAUGUUGAAUGGUAUGUAAAAUUAAAACUGAUUUUGUAUGUGAUA